UUCUUCUUCUCCUCUGCCGACCGAAGCCCCCCAAGCCACCGACUUUCUUCCCCCUUGAAAAACCCGGUGAGAUCUUGAUGAAUUUCUCUUCCUUUCUUGUUAAAUCACAAGAUUUGGGGCUUAGAAUCUUCCCCCUCCACCCAGAAAAUCCCGGUUCUGCUCUGCGCUUCUUCCUUGUCCGCCGGUUGCUGUGGGUUUGAAUUUCUGGGCAUUUUUCGGUCCGUGAGUUCCCUGCAGCUUGCCGCCGGCUUCUUCUUCCCCUGCUAGCUCCGGUUCUUGCUGGAAAAUUCUGGUUUUGAUCGUUCUAUCACCGUAGCACUUGGGUUAGCCUUCUGUUAUGCGCGAGUAAGGAAGCGAAACCGAGGACGGGGAAACCAAGGGGAGUGACGAGUUAGAAGGCUAGCCAUCGUUUUGGUAAUGUUCCAAAAUCAACCAGCUUGUCUUAAUCACCCUGCUGCUGAACCUUAUAACGAUGGUUCAAUUGGAAAUGCACAAGGUACCAAUGUAAUCAAUGAGGGCAUGGAAAAAGAGAAUGGUCAAGAGAAAGAAGGUAAGGAAGAUAAUGGACCUGAUGUUACUUUUAAACUUGAUGAAUUGGGUCCAUCUGUUGCACAAGAUGCACAAGAACAAUCCAGUAAAAGAGGAGAAGUUGCUUUGUCAUCAAAUGAGACGAAGAGAGGCGAAGAUCCACCAAUUGUUGCACAAGAUGCACGAGAACCAGCUAGCAAAAGAGAUGAAGAUGCACCUACUAUUGCACAUGAUGCACGAGAACCAGCAAGCAAAAGAGGUGAAGAUGUGCCUACUGCUGAAUGCACUGCAGUUAAGUUGUUAGGCAAUGAUACAAUAAAGGAGGAAAGUAUAGAGUUGAGUAAGAGUAAUGCAUUUGAUGUGAUGAUUCUAGAGAAAUCUUCAGAGUUAGACAGGGCCUUGUGUAAAAUUGAGGGCUUGACAGAAAUUGACAGGGAUACUGCUCUCAGUAAGCUUCCAGAUCACCCUGGACAGAUGAUGGUCUUCUUCAGCCUUUCACCAGAUCGAAGACUUGUAUGGGUGAAGAGAUUCCUAAAGCACCAUUGAGUUAUCUUCGAACAUUCAUAGAAUAUACUACAUAUGAUCCCAG